GAAUGUCUUAUGCUCUCACGCUAUCCGUGCACUCAUGCUGGACUGUUAUCACUGACGAACACGAAUGCAAGUCAGAGAGCUGCCUGACGCUGCGCCAGAACCACGAGCAGUUGAGCCAGACGUGCAGGUUAAUACCUACUGAAAUAUGGAAGGCGCAGGAUCGGUGCCAGAGGAACUCCUUGAUUCCUAUGCUGCCAAUCACAGGUGCCAUCGCCCGGGGAUCUCUCGGGCGGAGAUGGCAUCGGCCUACACGGAAAUGGCGGAGGACUACGAUGAGACACUCCGUCCGGGCGUCUACAACGGGCCUGUGCUCUGCGCGGAGGCAGCUGCGUCCCGCGUGGAGGAAUCCAGGCGGGCGUGCGCGCGCGUGAUGGACGUGGCAGCCGGCACGGGGCGCGUGGGCCACGAACUGCACCUCCGCGGUUUCAGGAACAUCGACGCCGUGGAUCCAAGCGAUGGCAUGAUACAGAAGCUGGAAUCCCGUGGCCUCUACACCAAUAAGUACGUCGAGUUCGUCGGACUGGGUCAGAGUACUGUUCCUAAGGACACGUAUGACCUGGUGCUUGUCGCGGGCGGAAUGGGCGAAGGACACAUCCCUGUCGAAGGCCUUGACGAUAUGAUCAGUAUGGCCAAACCAGGUGGCGAAGUGAUCAUCGUGAUGAGAAAAGAGUAUUUAGACUACGUGGGGGAAUACAAGGACAAGCUGGAGCCGUACAUGGACCAGUUGGUGGCGAAGGGCAAAUGGACCAAGGUGGAGCGGAAAGUCGUCCCAAACUACUCCUACAAGAAGGACGGUGUCAUCUAUACCUAUAAAGUGACGUGAGUGACAUAUGCAUUAACUGGCGUGCUGCUGCCGUUGUUGUUGAUGGUCCUGAGCGUCUGAGGCAGUCUUUGAACAGCACAAAUAAAGUCUACGAGCAGC